GAUAGAGCUAGCGAAAGCCUAGAGUGGCCCUUUGUCGGGAGAACACUAACAGGGGAGGUUUUCAGAGGACGGACCCAUCUCCGGUGUGUGGAGAAGGCGGGAAUGGCGGAAUCAACGCAUGAAGAUUUGGAAUCUCUGCCCCGUGGGGGCUUUCGGUGUCGCCUCUGUCACGUGACGGUGGCCAAUAAGCCCAGCCUGGAUGAUCAUCUCCGAGGGAAGAAACACCAGCGUAUGGAAAACCUCCGCUCUGUCCGCCAGGCCCAAGAGCUUCGCAGUGUUUUUGUCAGUGGCUUCCACAAAGGGACACCGGCCUCAGAGCUGAGUGACUACUUCCAGACCUAUGGGGAGGUCGUCAACGUGGUGAUGGACAAGGAUAAGGGUGUUUAUGCCAUUGUGGAGCUGCAGGACAGGGAGGUGCUGGAGAAGGUGUUAGCACAGACCCAGCACAGCCUGGGGGGUCAGAAGCUGCGUGUCAAGCCCCGCGAGAAGAAAGAUUUCAAAUACACCCCACCCAGGAAGCAGGGGCCUGCCAAACGAGAACAGCUGAGUCCUGAGAAGUUAGCACAGAAACUGUGCCAAGCUGAUGACGUGGAUGCCCAGAUGUCUCUGCUGGUGCAGCUCUUUGAGUUUUCAGAGGGUGAACGGCGUCUUCGGGAUUUGCUGGUCACUCUCUUCCAGGAAGUGUUCUUAGAGUUUUUCCCUGGCUCUGCCAUUCUCCCCUUUGGUUCCUCGGUGAACGGCUUUGAUGUCUCUGGAUGUGACCUGGAUUUGUUCCUAGACCUCGAGAAGACCAAAAAAUUCCAAGCGUCUGCCAAGAGUCCUACCGAGACCCCGGCAGAGGAUAGGGCCAGCCCGGAGCCAGACACGCGCUCUGAGGAUUCGAUCUUGAGUGAUAUCGAUCUGGCUUCAGCCACUGUGCCUGAGGUACUAGAGCUGGUUGCCACCGUGCUACGGAAGUGUGUCCCGGGCGUCCAUCACGUCCAGGUCGUGCCAAAUGCCCGUCGUCCAGUUGUCAAAUUCUGCCACAAGGAGUCUGGCCUGCGUGGGGACAUCUCCAUUGAUAACAAGCUUGCGCUCCGCAAUACACGCUUCCUGCAGCUUUGCACCGAGACAGAUGAGCGUGUGAGGCCGUUGGUUUAUGCUGUACGCUACUGGGCAAAGCAACAGGCACUGGCAGGGAACCCAUUCGGUGGUGGCCCCCUCCUCAAUAACUAUGCUCUGACCCUCCUGGUGCUCUUUUUCCUGCAGACCCGCAACCCGCCAGUCCUGCCCACAGUUGCCCGCUUGAAGGAACUAUCAGAGAAUGAGGAGCAGACUGUGGUGGACAGCUGGGACUGCAGCUUCCCCAAGGAUUCAACCCGGCUGGAGCCAAGCAGCAACACAGAAAACCUUUGUGCCCUGCUGGCUGAGUUCUUCCACGUCUUCGAGGACUACAACUUUGCAGGCCACAUCAUCUCGCUCCGGGAAGGCCAGCCGCUGCCCAGGCCCAGCGUCCUGACGUCCGAAGCAGGCAGCAAACUCAAACUGGGGCCCUUCAACCUCCAGGACCCCUUUGAGCUGAGCCACAACGUGGCCGCCAACGUCAAUGAGAAGACGGCACUGCGGUUCCGGCGCUGCUGCCAAGUAGCUGCCAAGUACUGCCGCAGCUUGCAGUACCAGCGCAAAUCCAGCAAAGGCAAGAUCUGGGGCUUGGUGCGCCUCUUUCAACCGGGCACUGCCGAGGCUGAGGUCCUGGCUGCCACCGGGCUGGUCAUCAGUUUCCCCCUGACUCUACCAACGCAGCCUGCCCAAAGUCACGAGCUGCUGUGCCAAGCUGGGGAUUUCCAUCACCAAUGGUUCCAGAAAGUCUACGCUGGCAUCGCCUCCGUCUUGCAGAAUGUGCUCAAAUGUAGCUGCUCAGAGGGGUUAGAGCAGGAACAAGAAGCAGCGACUGACUGUAAACAGGGAGAACAGUUGGCGGGAAUGACAACCGAGCAGCCGCCGGCAGGGUGCAAACGCUCCCUGGACGAAGAGGAAGCAGGUUCAUCCUCCCCUUCUCCGAAGAGGCCACGAACAGAUGCUUUGUUCCCAGAGGGCCGGAGCAUGACCUGGAACUGUGCCGUCUGGCACAAGGUGUGGCUGGGCCGCCGCCGGGUUAGGCGACAGCUGCGUGGGCCACAGCCCGACCCCGAGCACACGGCUGGCUCCCUGGAGCUGGAGGCGAAAGUAUCUGAGGCCAUUUCCCAGCAGGAGGGGGAGGGGAGGCCUGCGGACCCUUUGUUGCAGUUCACCAUUCAUGCCCGAGCAGGGGCCAGUGCCUCUGGCGAGCGAGAAACGCGCAUCAGUUUGCGCUUCGAUCCGGUUCCUGAACAGGCGGUCGCCUUCCAGGAGUUCUUCCACUUCUUGCAAGGGUUCUUGCCUCGAGCAGUGGAGCAGCAGCUGGCCAGCGAGGCUUGAGCUCACCGAUAGAGGGGCAACUCUCCCACAGGAGAGGGCUUUUGAAUGGCAGGUUGAUUUAUAUGCGGUAUUUCCCCCCCCCUUUAUGAGAAUAAAGGAAGCGAAUGACAAAACUGA